AUGGAUGUGCUUAAAUCUAGAAGGAGUUCAAGUAGAAAACAUAGAUAUUCUAGUGGGGGUUCAACAUAUUGCAAACCAACGGUAAACGGUUCUACACAUAGUGAUACAUGCACUGAUGAGGGAGAAAUAGAAUUUGAAGGAUGGGUGGAAUUUGUUACCAAAAAUGACAAUGAUGAAUGUAAUAAGUAUGAAGAUAAAUAUAAAAAAUCAAAUACGAAAAAAAACAAUGAUAUGAAUGUAUCAUAUUCCCAGGAGGAUAUGUUUACAAACAAAAUUGGAAAACGAGAAAGGGGGUCCAAAAGGAAAUCCCAUAAAAAUUAUACCAUGAAUGGUAACAAUAAUAACAGUGGUAAUAAUAAUUGUAAUAAUAAUUGUAAUAACAGUGGUAAUAAUAAUCGUAAUAACUAUUGUAAUAAUGACAAUGACGGUAAUAUCAAUGGAAAUAACAAUGGUGUUAACAACACCCCUAUCAAAAACGGGGAAAUUUCCGAUUACUCUUAUACAAAUGCAAACAAUCAAUACGAGCAGCCCGUAAUGACAUUAAACAGUAGGAUGAUUUACGCGGAGGAUCGUAAUAACAAUAAUAAUAGCAACAAUAACAGUAAUAAUAACAAUAGCAAUUACAAUAACAAUAUUAAUAAUAAUAAUAUUAAUAAUAAUAAUAAUAAUAGUAAGGCGUACCCAUUUAUCAUAAACACACCAGAAAAAAUGAAUAACUCUAUGAAUGUAUUAAGCCCUAACUAUGUAGACCCAACAACUCCUGUUGUAUUAAAAAAUCAACAAGUCCUUCCACAGUUAUAUAUAAGACAACCUCCAACUGUUAUAGUAACUAAUGAGCCAAGACCACCCUUAGUAAUUAAUCCGCCACCAGCAAAUAUCGUUUUUAAAAAUAAAGCUCCCCAACCUAUAUAUGUAAAUAGUACAAGGCCAAAUAUAAUUAUAAAAAACGACCCAGCCAUUUUACAGAAUCCUACGGAUAUGGACACAACACCCAUUCAGUUAGAUAUGCCACUAGAAAAUUAUGCUAUCGCUACUGGUGCUACUGCUGUUACUACUGCUACUUGUACUAAUGGUGCAAUAAAUGAGGCUAUAAAAUACCCAUCUUUAGUGAACAUAAAAAAAGAACCAGUAGUUUAUAAUAGAAAUUGUUUUUUUAAAGGGAACACAAAUUCAGGCAAUGAUACAAUAAUACCAACGAACAUAAUCCAAGUAGAUAAUAAUGAAACUUUUGAUAUAUCUCAACAGAUGAUGCCAAAUGUAUAUAUGAUGAAUGAUCAUACUCAGGGUUCAAGUGCGUGUCAGGUACAGUAUCCUCAUUCUACAACCAGUUCUAUUAAUAACGUAAUAGCUAUGCAGCAACAACAGCAGCAACAACAGCAGCAACAACAGCAGCAACAACAGCAGCAACAACAGCAGCAACAACAGCAGCAACAACAGCAGCAACAACAGCAGCAACAACAGCAGCAAAAUCAGCAGCAAAAUCAGCAGCAACUUUAUAAUAAUAAUUUGCUUAAUUUAUAUGAGCCGAGGGCUUACCAGUAUGUACAUCCUUCGUAUGCACAAAUGACUUCACAACCUGAGCUUAAUGCAAUGGUACUAAAUCAGCAACACGUUAUGACGAACCCCUUGAUGCAAGUAGUUCCUUCCUCCAAAUUUCAGUCAGUUUCAUCGUCAACAGUACAAUCGAUGCCACUGCCAGCAGUACAACUACUUCCACAGACGCAAAAUUUAGAAGCAUAUACGAAUGCACAGAAUGUUCAAAUGCCAUUAUCAUACGAAAGAAACUAUAUACAACAGAUACCACAAGCAGCAGCAUUAGCCAAUAAUUUAACUUCAUAUAACAAUCAAAAUUAUAUACCUCGUAAUACUUUUGUUCAAGAUCAAGUAUCAAAUAAUAUUCUUCCUCAACGAAGAACAGUAUAUCCAAAUAAUAAUAACUUAAAUCAUGCAACACCAAAUCUUAUACAACUUAAUUCGUUGUCACAAAACAUGAAUGUAAAUAAACCUAUAAUGCGUUACUCUUCUACAUCUAGUGAAUAUUUACCUACUUGUAGCACUGCAGGUUGUGUAGCAACAAAUAAAUCUCCUCAACAUACUCAACCGGUACAAUAUAGUCAACCACUCCAAAAUACACCAUCGGUACAAUAUAGUCAACCACUCCAAAAUACACCAUCGGUGCAAUAUGGUCAACCACUCCAAAAUACACAAUCGGUACAAUAUGGUCAACCAUUCCAGCAUGCGCAAUCGGUACAAUAUGAUCAACCACUUCAAUAUAUACAACAUGGUCAACUAAGAAGACAAAAUUUCAUAAACCCAAAUGGUCAAAUGAUGCAACCCCUUCCUAAAAAAGUUCAAAUACUUGCACGACCUAUGUGA